AUGACUGUUGUAUUUAUAACAGUUAUGACUCUAUUACUUAACAAACCUCAAAUUCAUAGAGUAUUUUUUCAACCACAAUUAUCUAUCAUCGAUUUGUAUGCAUAUGCUCGGUUACUCUCCAUUAACGGUUCAAUUGAUCCACCAUGCAAUCAAAGUCGAAAUAUUUAUGUUUGCGCUGGCAUCUGUCCGUGGAUUAACAUUGACAAUAACGAACUUGUUUCAUGUUCUUUUCUUCCACGUAAGCCUCAUCCUCACUUCAUCCAACAUAAUAUUUAUUGUAAUCCUGAUACUGAUCAAUGUCCCACUUAUAAUGCAUGGCUUAAAGACACUCUGCCACUAACACGUCAACAUAUUAACCGAAUACCGGAUCAUCUUUUAUCUAAUUUUACACUGAACUAUACAAUACGAGUUGCUUAUGAAGGUCAAGAUUUUCGCGCAGGUAAUGCUUUGCCAGCGAAUUGGACAGUUGAUUUAAUUGAGACUUAUCGCAAACAACUACGAGCAAAACAAAAUUAUGGUUCAUACGGCAAUCGAGAUAUAUAUCCUGCACUAGAUAAAUAUGCAUCAUUAGCUAUUAUAAACAAGAAAUGUGCUGUCAUUGGUACUGAAAAUCCAUGGGUUGAAGCAGCACUACUUGAAUAUAAUGCAUCAAGUGUUACAACGAUUGAAUAUGCAACGAUUUAUUCGAGUACUCCUCGUCUAUUUACGAUAACACCAAUGGAGUUUGCAAGACAACAACAGAAUAAAACUAGUCGACAACAAUUAUUUGAUAGUAUAUGGUCAUAUCGCAGUAUUGAACAUGAUGGUUUUGGUCGAUAUCGAGAUCCAUUAAAUCCAUAUGGUGACUUUCAAACAAUGGUAAAACUAACAUGUAUUCUUAAACCUGGUGGAUUUCUAUUUUUGGGUGUACCUUUGAACUUUGAAGAUUUAGUCCAAUUUAAUUUACAUCGUCUAUAUGGACCUAUUCGUUUACCACUUUUAUAUCGUUAUUUUCAUGUUGUUGAAGUCUUAGGCGCUGGAAUGGAUGGCUUAAAAGGCUUCAAUAAUUCUCAAUACUUUGUUGCUUUACAAAAUAAAAUAGGAUGCAAGAAUUCAUAG